AUGCCUGAAGGAAAUAUUACCUCUGUGAAGAAUUUUAUCAUUGCAGGUUUUCCUGGACUUCACCCUAACUACUAUGGCCUUGUAGCUACAGUUAUGUUUCUUGUUUAUGUGUGCAUCUUGGCAGGGAAUGGAUUAUUUCUAAUCUUGCUUGCAAGAGAAAAGAGUCUUCAAAAACCCAUGUAUUUUAUAAUUAUGAAUCUUUCUGUGUGUGAUGUAUUAUUUAGUACCACUACUUUACCAAAGAUUAUUGCAAGGUAUUGGUUUAAUGAUGGAAGCAUCUCAUUUUUAGGUUGCUUUAUUCAAAUGUAUUUUGUGCAUUAUUUUGCUUUAGUUAAUGGACUUGUGCUGGGAGUAAUGGCAUUCGAUAGAUAUGUGGCAGUCUGCAGUCCCCUCCAGUAUACGAAUAUUGUGAAAGACUCAACCAUCUUUAUCUUAUGUGCCACAGCCUGGUUGUUGGCACAGUCUUGUGUUUUAAUGAUGGUAAUUAGGGCAUAUCCUCUUCCUUACUGUAGUGCUAACACAAUUAUCAAUUGCUACUGUGAUCAUGUAUCUAUCACAAAACUUGCAUGCACUGACAGAACCCCUUAUGGUUUUCCAGCAUUUGUUUUUGCUAUGAUUGUGUUGCUUUUCCCGUUGCCUUUCAUUUUGUUCUCAUAUGGUGCUAUUAUUUUGGCCGUUCUUCGAAUCUCAUCCACUCAUGGGCGGCUGAAGACUCUGUCCACCUGCAGCUCUCAGCUGAUCAUAAUUGUCCUUUUCUUUUUUCCCAGGUUUUUUAAUUAUUUGGUCCCAUAUAUUGGAGUCAGCUUCAGUGCAGACAUGCAAAUACUAGUUAUUCUCUUGUACAGCCUGCUGCCUCCUUUAGUUAAUCCACUUAUUUACUGUAUACGAACAAAAGAAGUGAAAGAAACCUUAAGCAGGAGUUUUGCCAAAUCAACAUUUCUUCAAUAUAUGAAACAAAAAGUACAUGUAAGUACUAUAUGUUCUGAGUUAUGA